AUGAGGCCACGAGUUAUCAAGACUGAUUCCUGCUUAUUUGUGGGUGUCACAGUCUUGGGGGACCCGAGAAAACUGGGGUUCCGGUCAUGGGGUAGCUGGUUGCUUCACCCCUGUCCAGGAUUUGUGGUGUGCAACUGUCCAAUGUCUCCUGGACCUGGCGAGGGAAUUGAGAAGAGUGUGUCUGACCUGUUUAAAGUGAUGGUGUGGAUCCAUGGUGGUGCUCUGGUUAUAGGAAUGGCCUCCAUGUAUGAUGGGUCCAUACUGGCAGCCACUGAGGAUGUGGUGGUGGUCACUAUCCAGUACCGCCUGGGUGUUCUGGGCUUCUUCAGCACUGGGGACCAGCACGCCAGAGGCAACUGGGGCUACCUGGACCAAGUCGCCGCCCUACGCUGGGUCCAGCAGAACAUCGCCCACUUUGGAGGCAACCCUGACCUUGUCACCAUCUUUGGCGAGUCAGCAGGUGGCACAAGUGUGUCUUCACAGGUUGUGUCCCCCAUGUCCCGAGGACUCUUCCACAGAGCCAUCAUGGAGAGUGGAGUGGCCGUGUUGCCUGGCCUCAUCUCCAGCUCCUCUGAGGUGAUUCACCAAACAGUGGCCAGCCUAUCUGGAUGUGAAGCCAUGGACUCAGAGGCCCUGGUGCACUGCCUGAGAGACAAAAGUGAAGCAGAAGUUCUGGCCAUUAACAAGGUCUUCCAGGCCAUUCCUGCUGUGGUGGAUGGAGAGUUCUUCCCCAGGCAUCCCCAAGAGUUGUUGGCUUCUGGGAAUUUUCACCCUGUCCCCAGCAUCAUUGGUGUCAACAAUGAUGAGUAUGGUUGGAUCAUCCCUGUGGCUAUAGAAAAUGUCCAGAAAAUAAAGGAAAUAACCAAAGAGAACCUGGAGACUGUUAUGAAGAAAACAGCAGCACAAAUGAUGCUGCCUCCUGAGUGUAGCAACCUGAUAAUGGAAGAGUACAUGGGGGACACUGAGGACCCACAAGCCCUCCAAAUACAGUACACGGAGAUGAUGGAAGACUUCAUGUUUGUGAUCCCUGCACUCCAAGUAGCACAUCUUCAACGUUUCCAUGUCCCCGUAUACUUCUAUGAGUUCCAACAUCAGCCCACCUUUGUCAAGCAAGUAAGGCCACCCCACGUGAAGGCUGACCAUGGAGAUGAGGUUCCUUUUGUCUUUGGGUCCUUAUUCUGGGGUGUGAAACUUGACCUCACUGAGGAGGAAGAGCUACUGAACAGGAGAAUGAUGAAGUACUGGGCCAACUUUGCAAGACAUGGGAACCCCAACAGCGAGGGUCUACCCUACUGGCCCAUGAUGGAUGAUGAUGAGCAGUAUCUGAAGCUGGACAUCCAGCCUGCUGUGGGCCGAGCCCUGAAGGCCAGAAGGCUGCAGUUCUGGACCAAGACUCUGCCUGAGAAGAUCCAGGAACCAAAGAAAUCUCAGAACAUGCACAACGAGCUAUAGUGCCCUGUGUGAGGAAUAGUGGGUAGCUUUGGCUGCUGAUGGGUCACCUUGAGGUUCCCAAAACAUACUGAGUGACCUGGGUUGAUCCUAGCAUUCACAUAACAUUCACAACCUCUACACUUGUCUGUUCUUCUACAUUUAUAAUGAAUCCUCUGUAUGUGACUCUAUCCUGCUGGGUCAUCUUUUGUUAGACCCACUCAAUAAAUGUUCCCA